GUGACUCUCGCGGCGCUCGUCGCGCACGCGUCCGCCGUGACCUCGCACUACCUCGACUUCACGACGUCCACGGGGUCGUACAUCAUCUCGUUCAGCGGCACGAUCGUCACGCCGGGCCUGCCGCAGGCGGGGACGUACUACCUCUGGCCGGGCCUGCAGCCGAGCGACAGCGCGGGCGUGCUCCAGCAGGUGCUCGACGGGCGCAGCGGCGAGUGGUGGAUCGGCUCCGGGUGGUGCUGCUCCGGCCCUGCCUUGGGGGGAGCGGGUUCAACGGGGAGUGCGCCCUUGUCCCGCUUCGAGUUCUCGAAUACGGUGGAUAGCAUCGCGACCGGGACGUGGAGGGCGUCGCUCGCGUCUGGGAGCCACUCGGCGACGGGCUCCUUCGCGCUCCCGACAAAUCCCAUGAAUCAGGCGAUCAUCGCCAUCGAGCUGCGUGGGAUGUUGGGAGGCAUACGUUCGAAAACGUCAGGGUCGUGCGUGUCUAACUGUAUCUGA